AUGCUCCACUCCAAGGGGUUCUUCCGCGGCGUCGAGUGCCCCUUCGGGCCGGCCUGCGGGAGGCCCUACUGCCACUUCCGGCACCCGCCGGGGGCCACCGACUCGGCCCUCCCCGCCCGCCACCCUGGAGAGCCGCUGCCGUGACGCCGACCUGCUGCCUCACCCAGCCUGCUGGGAUGCGGCUACGACCCGUACAACCCCGAACUCCCCAACCCCUCAGCCCAAAGCAGAAACGGCAGCUUGGAGGAUGUCACCGACUCGGCCCCGAGUAUUCUGGAGCUGGAGCGGGUCAACCAGGAGAUCGAGGCCGUCAGGAGUGAAGUCGAGCGCGAGCAAAAGAAAUACGAGGAGCUUCUGGAGACCACGAAGGAGUACGGCGCGUCCGAGCCUCCGUCGCUGGUCCCCAAGGCUGCCAGGCCGGCUUCCAUGACCAAAGCCAACUCCCGUUCUUCCUUGGAAUAUACCCCAAGCACCUACUUUUCGAGCGGCAGUGCCGACUACAAUCCCACCCCUCUUGCCACGGCUGCUGCAAGCCGGUCAAACAAGUACACCUUGGAUUGUCCCAACGGUGCCAAAUCAAAGGGCAGCUCGCUGGAGUACGUCCCUACAGUGGUCACCCAGAAGAAGUACAGCCGUUCUGUUGCCAACAACAAGUACAUUAUAGAUGUCUCCAAGCCUUCGACAGAUUUGGAGUAUGACCCUCUUUCCAAUUACUCUGCAAGGCUUUUGUGCAAAGCCAGUGGCAAGGAGCAGAAGGGGACCAAAAGGAAGAGGGCCGCUGAGCGGGAGGACACGUAUUCUCCUCCGCUCAAGAAACACUCCGACGCAACCUCCAGCCCUGAGCCCAUCUCAAGGUUCUCCGACUCGGAAGAUGAUCAGGAUUCGGGAAGCCAAGCGGCUUCAGCCAGCCUCCCGAAAAGUAAAGGCGGCUCGGAUAGCAAGGGGAGCGAACGGCUGGUCGCUGAAGCGAAAGGGGCCCGACCGGACGAUUUGCGUUCUCGGCAGAUGAAGGAGACAGCGGUGCAGUAUGACAUGGGAGAUAUUGAAAGCCCUCGGGGGACAGUCGUCAAAGACACUCUGGAGAAGGAUGUGACGUUGGCCAAGGCCCUUUCCAACAGGAAUGAGAAAGAGAAAGGGAAAAAUAAACAGGUAACAAAAGACCAAGUGAAAGAGAAAAGUGCAGAAGGUAAGAAGGAUGAAGACAAGGUUGCAGGCAAGGAGAAAGCUGGUGCAACGGUGCACAGGAGAAAUGGGGAAAGGAGCGAGAAGAAACGCGACAAGCCUCAUGAUGGUGGACCGGUAAAGAAACUUGAUAAGUGGAAAUCCGGGAAAGAGAUGGGUGGGAGGCAGGAAACCUCUGGAAAGAACAAGAACAAAGGACAAAGUAAAGCGUCUAGCAGCGAGAAAGCCAAAAGCUCCAACAAGGACUCCAAGCAAAGACCUGUUGAUGCAAUGGGCAAGAAGGGGGCAUGCAGGGGUAAACAGAGAGACGGCAAGCCACUGGCAUCUCCGCAACUGAAGGCGAAGCUGGCCGACUCCCAGAGUAAGGGCAGCGGCAAGGGUGAGCGCCCGGCUAAGCAGCGGACCCUGAGCCACACUGACCUCUUUGGCGAUGAGAGCGGGGACGAGGGGUCCUUGGCUCGGCCCCGCCCGAUGGUUUUCCCUGACGUAAGCUCGGACUCAGAUGGAGACGGCGGCACCUCACCUGUGCCCCGCCGCAAUGGGGUGCCCAGCCAGAAACGUCCCAAGCUGUCCAAAGCUCCCCUGUCUUCCCCUUCCUCGUCCUCCUCUUCCGACGAGGCCGCUUACUCAUUCCUUGAGAACGACCUGGAUCUCGAGUCCGACCCCAUGGAGGAGUGCCUCCGGAUUUUUAACGAGUCCACGGCUGUGAAAACGGAAGACAAAGGCCGGCUGGGUAAACAGCUGUCCCGAGAGGAAGAGACUGAUGAAAAGGUGGUGGAGGACAGUUUAACCACACUCUUCCCGGGUCAGAAGAGGAGAAUCUCCCACGUGACCAAGCAAGGAAGUGUGGAAACUCCAAGCAAGCCAGUGGUCCGGCCUUACUGCCCGCCCUCUGCCCAGGAGGUCUGCUACCAGAGGAUCCGCCUGGCGCAGCAGCAGGCAGCUCAGCUGGCCCUGCGGCGGUCCACGCCGGCCCCUGUGCCGGCCCCGGGGAGCUCCCUUGUGCCGCACAAGGGAGAGAAGAAGCGGAUUGCCCACGUGCCCAGCAGCACAGCUCUGCCUGCGGCCACCAGGUGUGCCCCUGGAGGUCCUCAGAAAACCAUCCUACCCAGAAGCACGGCGUCUUCCAAUGGUACCGACGCGUUGUCCUUGAAAGCCCGCACGCUGGCCGGAAUGGCCUCCAAGACCACCACCACGAACGUCCCCAGAAGGGUAGCACACGCCCCCUCUCUGCAGAGCGCCACCUUAAAGCGGCCGGUUAUUCCUACCGAGUUUGGCGCCAAGGUUCCCACCAACAUCCGUCAGAGGUACCUCAAUCUUUUCAUCGACGUGUGCUUGAAGAUCUGCUCUUCCCACCAGGAAGCCUUUGACAAGGCUCUGUCCGAGGAGAAGGUGGCUUACGAACGCAGCACCAGCCGGAACAUCUACCUGAACGUGGCGGUGAACACCUUGAAGAAGCUUCGGAGCCUGCUGCCCAGCCCUUCCCGGGGCACGAGCAAGCCCAACAACCAGAAGGUGGUGUCCCAUGAAGCCAUGCUGGGUGGCAAACUGGCCACCAAGAUCAGCUUCUCCCUCAACCGCUCCACCAGCUUGCAAGCAGAGGACCUGACAGGAGCUGCCUUGUUCCGAAGGCUCAAGGAAUACCUGAUGACCGAGGAGCAGCUGAAAGAGAACGGCUACCCACUGCCGUGCCCCGAGAAGGCUGGCCGGGCCAUCGUGUUCACGGUGGAAGAGAAGAAGACGGCUGACGGUUCCUGUCGAGUUUGCAGCCGCUGCGGGACGGAGUACAUGGUGACGCCGGCCGGGAACUGCGUCAGGAAGGAGGAGUGCGUGCACCACUGGGGGAAGCUGCGCAAGCAAAGGGUGCCCGGUGGCUGGGAGACACACUACAGCUGCUGCUCAGGAGUGGUGGGAUCACCAGGCUGCCAGGUGGCCAAACAACACGUCCACGAUGGCCGGAAGGAGAAUCUGACGGGCUUUGUGAAGACCUUCGAGAAGCUUCCCAGUGCGGUGGGCUAUCCGGGCAUCUACGCCUUAGACUGUGAAAUGUGUUACACCAAGCAUGGCCUGGAGCUGACCCGAGUCACCGUGAUCAACUCGGACCUGAAGGUGGUCUACGACACCUUUGUCAAACCGGACUGCCGAGUGGUGGACUACAACACCAGAUUCUCAGGUGUGACGGAGGCAGAUCUGGAGGACGUGACUAUAACACUGCGAGACGUCCAAGCCGUUCUUUUGAACAUGUUCAGCGCAGACACCAUCCUCAUCGGGCACAGCUUGGAGAGCGAUUUAUUUGCACUAAAGCUCCUCCACAGCACGGUGGUGGACACGGCCAUCGUCUUUCCCCAUCGGCUGGGCAUGCCUUACAAGCGGGCGCUGCGCACUUUGAUGGCCGACUACCUCAAGCGCAUCAUUCAGGACAGUGUGGACGGUCAUGACUCCAGCGAGGACGCCCGAGCAUGCAUGGAGCUGAUGAUCUGGAAGAUCAAAGAAGAUGCAAAAGUGAAGCGGUGA